GCCCGUUGCCAAGGGCGACCGAGGCCGGGGCCGGGCCUGGUGGCUCCGCAGAACCCGCAGCGCCGGAGCCCUGCGGCAGCGGCGCAUCCUUCCUCGUCGUCCUCGUCGUCGUCCUCCUUUUCCCCUCCCGGUGCAUGCGCGAUGGAAGGGGCUCCGCCGCCGGAGAGCCCGGACAAGGCCGCGGGGGCCCCGUGGGUACUGCUAGGCCCGCGGCCGAACGGGGAGGCCAAGCCUCGCCCCCCGCCGCCCCCGCCGGGGAAGCCCCGCGGCAUUUGCUCCCGCUCCUAUUUCCUGGUGCUGAUGGUCUUCGUGCACCUCUACCUGGGCAACGUGCUGGCGCUGCUGCUCUUCGUGCACUACAGUAACGGGGACUCCUCGGAGUCCGACGAAAGAAAAGCCGCCGCCGCCCCCGUCGCCGCCUCCGAUUCCGGGCCCCCGCCGGCAGCCCCCUCCCCCGCCCCCGCCCCGUACAUGACCUCCCUCCCCCGCCUCGAGGGCAUCAAGGUUGGCCACAAGCAGAAGGUGGAGCUAAUUCCUAACCAAGAGCACUCUGUGAAAACCCUCAGUCUGAAACCCCUACUCUUUGAAAUUCCCAAUUUCCUAAAUGCGGAGGAGUGUAAACUAAUUAUCCACCUGGCCCAGCUAAAGGGGCUGCAGAAGAGCCAGAUCCUACCAACUGAAGAAUAUGAAAACGCCAUAGAAAUGUUUGAAAUCAGCCAAUUGGAUAUAUUCAACCUGUUGGAUCAGAACCAAGAUGGGCAGCUGCAGCUCAAGGAGGUUUUGACACACACCCGCCUAGGGAACGGCAGAUGGAUGACCCCCGAGAACAUCCGGGAGAUGUACACUGCGGUCAAGGCCGAUCCUGAUGGCAACGGUGUUUUGAGUUUGGAAGAGUUUAAGCGAUUAAACCUCAGGGACUUCCACAAGUACAUGGGGAGUCAGAAGGUGAAGAUGAGCGACCUAGUGCGCAACAGCCAACACACAUGGCUCUACCAGGGAGAGGGGGCCCAUCAGGUCAUGAGGUCCAUCCAACAGAGAGUGCUCCGCCUCACCCGCCUGCCCCAAGAGAUCGUGGAGCAUAGCGAGCCUCUGCAGGUGGUGAGGUAUGACCAGGGAGGCCACUAUCAUGCCCACAUGGACAGUGGACCGGUGUUCCCUGAGACUGCCUGCAGCCACACCAAAUUUAUCACCAAUGAAACGGCACCCUUUGAGACCUCUUGUCGCUACGUGACGGUGCUGUUUUACCUGAACAACGUCACUGGGGGAGGAGAGACGACCUUCCCUGUGGCUGACAAUAGGACCUAUGAUGAGAUGUCCCUGAUCCAGAACGACAUCGAUCUCCGAGACACCCGGAAACACUGCGACAAGGGGAAUCUGCGAGUGAAGCCCAAGCAGGGCACGGCUGUCUUCUGGUACAAUUACCUGUCUGACGGGCAAGGUUGGGUGGGAGACCUGGAUGAGUAUUCACUGCACGGAGGUUGCCUGGUCACCCAAGGGACCAAAUGGAUCGCCAACAACUGGAUCAACGUGGAUCCUAGUAAAACGCGCCAGAUCCAGUUCCAGCGGGAGAUGGCUCGUUUCUCCAAAGAGACCGAGGCUUCACGCCUCAGGGAUCUCCAUGGCCAUCAAACCCGUGUGCUGCAGCUUCCAGGCCCAGAAUCGGCCCUGGGCACGGGUGCCGGCCUCUAUUCUGGAACCUGCCAGUGGAGAGGUUUUCUCCACCGAGGAUUUAGAGGGGAAGAGAGAGGGGAGGAGGCGGCAGCAAUAGUAAGCCUGAUGGAGCCACGAGAGAAGAGUCAGCUUCAGCUCUAAGGAGACCUUGCGGAGCAACCACCACUGUUGGGGAAGAAAUAAAUACGAUUGAAUGAAUUGAAUGAA